AUGUCGAAUCGCGCUUCCGCGAAGAGGUCGCGCCAGCGCCGUCAAGUGCGGUUGGAGGAGCUCGAGAUUCAGUCCGCGAAGCUCAAGAUGGAAAACGCCGCAGUGCAGCGACGGCUGACUGAAGCAACCGACAAGAUUCGUCGCUUCCAGGAGCAGAACUCGAACCUGGAACGCGAGCUUAAGCGGCUGCGGAAAGAGCUGGACGAUUGCAGUGGCGGAAGCAACGCGGGAGCGGCGGGGUCGACUCUGUCGCAAGGCAGCAAGCCGUCGUCGCCAGGGAAAGAGUCUGCUCUGUCGUCCCCGCUCACGGCUGUUACGGAUCGGCUGACUGACGAAGACGCGAAGGGACCGGGAAAGCGGAAGAGAACGGAGGAGAACGCGACAGAUGUUGAUGAUUCUUCGGAUCCGGUCCUCCUUCCAGCCGUUAACGAUGUUGUGAAGGCUGAAUCGCUCUUUCUAAGUGAGCAGGGCGAUGUGGGUAGGGACGGUGAGGAUGAGUCGGAUUGCCAGCUCUCUGACUCCACUGCGAUCACACCUGCUGAGGGAGCUGCUGCUGCGCUUCCCGCGGGUGAUGGCAAGGGAAACCCCAUUGCCCCUGCAGGCGGGUAUCAGCGUACGUACCGCCAGUCAGAGUCUGGCCGGCCUACGCACCAGACGCAUCAUCGCGACCGUUCAGUGAGCGCUUGGCGGGAACCUGACUCACAACAGGUAGCAGGGAUCAGCUUCAGCAGCAUCACCCGGGCCUUUCAGCCUGCUGGGACUUUCCCAUCCGCAGGCUCCUCAGGGCCUCUCGGGGAGGUGUUUUCCCAUCACGGACUCUCAGCAGCGGGGGCGUGGUUGCUGGUGCAGCAGCGCAGUGCGACGAAGAAGGCCAUGGGGUCCACACAGAACGGCCGGGACUCGCAGCCCAAGCACCUCGGGGUGAAGAAAUCUGGCGGACAGGGAGUGGUGGCUGGGAACAUCAUCGUGAGGCAGCGAGGAACCCGUUUCUACCCUGGUGACUUUGUAGGCAUGGGGAGGGAUCACACUCUCUUUGCUCUCAAGGACGGUCGAGUGAGGUUUGAGACCCGAUUCACCCCUGCCGGUUUCCAGCGCAAGUUUGUCCAUGUGGAUCCGAAUGGAGGGACCGUCGGAGGGUCGUCCGUUGGUGGCGGGGCCGCUGCUGCUUCUGGCGAUGGCAUUUCCGCCAAGAAGGCGGCAAAUGCGGCUUCGAAUGCAGCGUCAAUUGCGGUGCCGUCAGCGAAAGCUGCACCUUCCGCGAAAUCGGGAUCCGCUCCAGCCGUUGCAUCUGCUUCCAAGGCGUCUGCUAAGGCUGCUGACGCCGACGAGGAUGUGUUUCACGCACGCGCCAUGGAGCUCAAGGCGGAGGGCAACCAGCAUUUUCAGGCGCGCGAGUAUGCAGCAGCCAUGGAGCGAUACGGCAAGGCCAUCAAGCUGCUGCCCGCCAGUCAUGCGGACAGGGCAAUCCUUCACAGCAACCGAGCGGCCUGUCUGCUGCAGAUGCGCCCGGUGGACUACGAGGGGGUGAGGGCGGAGUGUGACGCCAGCCUGGCUCUCAACCCGGGCUUCUGCCGCGCGCUGCUGCGCCGCGCCAAGGCUCUGGACGCUCUGGGGGAGAAGGAUAAGGCCGAGGCUGACGUGGACGCGAUAAUCAAGGCGGAGCCCACCAAUCAGGAUGCAUGGGAGAUUAAGAAACGGCUGCAGAAGCUGAAAGCCCCCCCCAGCCAGCAAGCCGCUGCUGCUACCACCACGCCUCCAUCCCUCUCCACCAGCCCACAACCCAUCCCCACCGCUCCCACUGCCCUUGUCACACCAUCCCCACCCGCCUCUGCUCCCAUCCCCACCGCUCCCAUUCCUGCCACUGACCAAGCAGAAGCAGCAAAGCCUCCCCCUGACAGCAAAGCCCUGUCUUCCUCCUCUGCUCCUCACUCUGCAACCAAGGGGCUAGGUGCUGAUUCGGCUGCUGCGCCGGCUUCUGAUUCGGCUUCUGGCUCGGGUUCAGGUUCGGGUGCUGGUUCGGAUGCUGGUUUGGGCGGCGGGAUGAGCCACAUGCCGCAGCUGCCGCCCAGAAAGCAGCAGGCAGCAGCGGAAGCAAGGGAGGGAACGGGGACAGGGGCAGGGACAGGGGGGUCGGAUGGAGACGGAAAGACGAAGGGUGGGAGAAAGGGGGAGGGAGGGGCAAAGAGGGGAGGGAGAGGAGGAGGAAGAGGGGGAAGGGGAGGAGGAGAGGGGCGAGUGGAGAUGGUGAAGGAGAAGAGGGUAGUGAGGAGGAAGGUGGUGAGGAAGAGGAUGCAGAAGGUGGUGAGGAGGCGGAGGGAGGAGAGGCGUGUGCCGAUGCUGCGAGUCAAAGUGACGCUGGCAACGGGGAGAGACACAAGGCUGGCUCAGAUGCCCGUGGGGUGUGGCUUCCAGCAGCUGCACAGAAUUGUGGGAGCUUGCUUCCCCCAUCUGAACGGCAAGCCCAUGCUCCUGCACUACACAGACACCGAGACACCGAGGCAAAGGGAACCAGCAGUAGCUCCUCCUGUUGUUGCCAGUGCUGCCGCUGAGUCGAAAGCAGAACCAGAAACCGAAGGGAAGGAUCAGUCGAAGGAGGGGAAUGGUGAGGGCGAACUGGAGCCUGUGGAGGUGAAGGAAACAGAAUCAGCUGGCAAGGAGGCUAGUGAAACGCUCCAAUCAGAGCAGGCGCAGGCGCCAGCUGUGCCUGCUGACGAUGCUGAUGUGGCAGAGGUGGAGUGGGAGGAGGUGGAGGAGGAGGGAGAGGAGGAGGUGGAGGUGGAAGAGGAGGAGGAAGUAGAGGAGGAGAUUGAGGUGCCUGUGAGUAAGGGGAAGGAGGAGGGAGGGGAGGGGGAGGAGGAAAAUGUGGGGGAAGCAGAAGAGGAGGGAGAGGAGGAAGGGGAAUGGGAAGAGGUGGAUGAGGGGGAAGAGGGGGGAGAAGGGGAAGAGGAGGCGCAACAGGAGGUGCUGGUUGAUUCGUGGAUUAUUCAGUUUGCCGACCUUUUUAGGGAGCGGCUGGGCAUUGAUUCGCUCGCCAGCUUUGACCUGGCGGAUGCUGACGUGGCAGCAGUUAAUAGGGCGCUGGAGGGGACGGUGGAGGCGGAGGAAGCUUCUGAGUUGCUGCAGCAGGCGGCUGCCAAGUUCCAGAGCAUGGCAGCAGUGGCGCACUUGAACUGGGGCAACACCUAUGUCUGGAUGGCUCGGCGCAGGCUCGGGCUCAAGCCCGCUCCUGAUACUGCGCAAACCACCACCGCUGCUUCAGCAGCAGCUGCUGCAGUUAGCAACACAGAGAAGGAUGGAAUGAAGGCAGAAGAGGGGAGCAUUGAAUCAGGCACAGCGGGUGACGAAGCAGAGAAGGGAGUGAUGGAAGCAGAGAAGGGGGGGAUGGAGGCGGAGAAGGGGAGGGCGGAGAAGGAGAAGGAGGCGUUGAGAGAGAUACGGGGGGAUCCAGAGAGGCGAGCAGCCAAGCUGGGGGAGGUGGAGGCGGCUCGGGAGAUGCUGGAGCAGGCUCGGGAGAAGUACGAGGCUGCUCUGACGGUGCAGCCGAACCUGCCAGAUGCGCUGCUGGCGCUGGGGCAGUGCUUUGUGGAGAUGGCGCGAGCCGAGGAGUUCCUGGCAGUGCUGGAAGGGGAGGAGGGCGGGGAGGGGGAAGAGGGAGAGAAGGUAGAGAAGACGGAGAAGGGAGAGGGAGAGAAGCGGAGUGAGGGGGGAGAGGGGAAGAAGCGUAUGAGAGGAGUGCUGGAGUGUUUGGCCCAGGCAGAGGAGAGAUUCACCGCUGCUGUCAAGGCAUGUGACACGAUCGAGCAGGACCAUCUGAAGCAGCACGAGGCUGCGGCAACAGCAGCAGAAGGAGAAGCAGAGGAGGACGACCCUUCUGAGGAAGACCAGGAUGGGACGGACGAGCCUGGGCGCAUGGCACAUGCUGCCAAGCACGGCCACCCGGGGCACAAGCACGGGCCUGCAUGCAAUCAUGAGCAUGAGAAGCAUGAUCAUGCGCACAAGCAUGGGCCUGGAUGCAAUCAUGAUCACGGGCAUGACCAUGCAGGAGACCCGGAUGCAUUCCUCGCUGACGUGGCAGCGUUCCGGCAGAACGUCAACCUCCAGCUGGCCAACUGCGUGUUUGACAAGUCGCAGGUCCAGUUCAAGCUGUCAGAUGCUGGAUGGGAGUCGUCUCUCGAGGCAGCUGUAACGGCAUUCAAGGGCGUGGGAGUGUCAGAAGAGGAGGUGCAGCGUGUGCUCGCCACACACGCCUCGACUUCGCAGGCAGCAAGCUCAUAG